AUGAAGCUGGUAUCUGCACACACAGGAACCCUCGUCGAACUUCCCGAUGUAGACCUCCCACCCUACGCGAUCCUAUCCCACACCCGAGACGACCAAAACCUGUCUUUACAAGCCAACACCGCCAACACCGCCAACACCGUCGUCGAUGUUGUUGGUCUUCCUGCUCACCCUGACACCCCUCCACACCCUGCAGACCCUGUCUCCUCCCCACCACCCUACACCACCACCACCACCACCACCACCACCGACCUUCCGCUCCACAUCAAGGACCGUCCGCGUGCAUCGAACUCCAAGGCGACACCCCCGACCUUUCAUAGCGACAGACUCGAGCAGGCCUGCGAGCUUGCGCGUCGAAGCGGCGUCGACUACAUCUGGAUCGCCGAGCUCUGCAUCGACAAGACGUCCACCACCGACCUCGACUACGCCAUCAAUGGAUCUGGGCGACGCCUACAAAACGCCACCGUCUGCUUCGUCUACCUCCACGACCUCCCGGCCGAACCGGCGUCGACGAUGCCGAUGACACAUACCCCACCCGGAGCCGUGGACCCCGCCGUGUGGGGCCGAUGCCGAUACUGGAACUGCUCAUGGACAUUGCAAGAGCUGAUCAUGCCACGACGUGUGCUCUUUUACGACGCCCAGUGGAACUACCGAGGCUCCAAGGACUCGCCAGAGCUCACGCCGUUGCUCGCUCGCAUCACCCGCAUCCCGCGUGCCGUGCUCCUCGGCAGCCAUCCGCUCCCCGACGUCGCCCUGGCCGCGCGCAUCGCCUGGUCCGCCGGUCGUGAAGCGACGCGCGAGGAAGACAAGGUAUACGCUCUAAUCGCCCUUACCGGAGCCACCUUGCGUGUUCGUUAUGGUGAGGGUGUGACCCGCGCCUUCCUCCGUCUCCAGGAAGAGCUGCUACGCGACACCCGCGACAGCUCCCUGCUGGCUUGGCGCAGCGGCCGCGGUGGCGAGGCUAGGGGUCUGCUCGCGCGCUCUCCGGAAGAGUUUGGCCACUUUGCUCCAGCUGGCAGUGAGGCACCGGUUGAGAGACCUUGGCUGUUUGAAGGCAAGCUCUGCUUCAGCAGCAGGGGUAUCGAGCUCGAGUCGCGCGUGCGUCGUGGACCUGGUGGUGUGUUGCUGGUCUCCAUCGGACAGAAACGGCAUGAAGUAGGCAAUAUUGCCAACAAAAGACUCGCAUUGUGCCUGCGCGAGUGCAACGGUGGUGUCUUUGUACGUGUUACGCCGCGGGUGUUCCGUGUGCCCGCAUCGUCAUUUUCUGCCUGGCGCUCCGUGGCCGUUGUACGUGACGUCGAUGACGGCCGCGCCGUGUCUCUCUGCAGCACCUCCAACAGAAUUCAGUGUCGCGUCGAACCGGCCACGCACGACGAUGCCUCGCGACAAGGGCUACCUCGCGUGGGACAGGACAGCCCGAUGACGCAGCAGCAGGAAGAAGAGGAAGAAGUGGACGUCAAGAUGGAGAAUGACGAAGCCGUGCUCUAUCUUUCCCCUCAGCCGAGCCACACACCACCGUCCAAUCACUCUGAUGGCAGCUACGUGCACGUAGGACCGUCGAAGGCACUGCAAGACGACGCGCACUUCUCUGCAGAUAGUGACCCAGGAAGUAUGACGUCGAACAGCGCAAGCACCAGUGCCUGUGCUAGUGCCAGCGCGACCGAGUCGGAUUGGGGAGACGAUUACUUUCACAGCCGCCGCCGCCUCCUCCUCGUCGACCACCAUCACCACCACCACCACCACCAUCACCACAACUACCUCUACCGUGCGACGACCCCUUCUGAGCACGUCGACGCCAUGGCCACUGAGAUGCGCAGCACCUCUGCCGAGGAUGCGGACAACAACAAAAGCGCCAAGGACAUCGUCAUGAAGCCUGAAGUGCGUGAGAAGGUUCUCGAAAAGACCAUCGAGGUGGUGCGUGACCUGCUCGAGACAACCAAUUUGGACUAUGUCGCGCCCAGACACGACCAAUUGCCGCCCCUGAGCAAGAACACCGGCUACGAGACUGAUGAAUUGAUCGGGGACUGGAGUCUUAAGAAACUCGUCUCCACACUUUAUCAUGAAUACGAGGCGGAGGAACAAAGUGAUGAACACCAUAUGGAGGAAUACUAUGAGGCUUAA